AUGUAUGAAAAUAUCGUUUAAAAUACUACUUAACUUUUAUUAGAAAAAAUUGCAUAGCAGAAAGACUCUUACUCAAUGAAGUAUUUAAAAAUGAAAAUAAAUGACAAAUGUAUAAAAAAUUAAUUAAAAAAAAUUGAAAAAAUAACUCAUCAGAAAAAAGAUAUAAAAAAUUAAUUAAUAAUUUACAUUAUGUUUGAUUUAAAAAAAUUUACACUUACAGAAGGUAAAUUAUUGCAUGGAAACUAUUUUAUAGAUAGUGAGCUUGGCGGAGGUUCUUUUGGGAAAGUUUAUAAGGCUUACAAGAAAGAUACAAAAGAGGUAGUUGCAAUAAAGCAAAUACCGAAAGAAGGUUUAAACGCAAAUCCAAAAUUACAAUAGCUUUAUAACUCAGAAGUAUCUCUCCUUAAGAUUCUCUCUAGCGAAAACAUAAUCAAAUACAUUGAUAACUUUAAUACUACUGACUGUUGCUAUAUAGUCACAGAAUACUGUAAUUAAGGAGAUUUAGGAACUUUGCUGGUUAAACACAAAAGAUUCCCAGAAUAGAGAGUUAUUUCAUAUUUUAAAUAAUUGCUAAAUGGAUUCAAAGAUCUUCACAAACAUUAAGUUAUUCACAGAGACAUCAAACCAGAAAAUAUUUUGAUCAACUAAAAGACAUUAAAGAUUGCUGAUUUAGGAUUUGCUAAAUCAAUAACUGGAACCACAUAAACUUGCCUUGGUACUUAUACUACUAUGGCUCCAGAAGUUUUAGAGCAAAAACCAUAUGGAUUGGAAGCAGAUGUUUUUAGUCUUGGAGUAAUGCUUUAUAAGCUUCUAUAUGGCGUAUAUCCUUACAGAUCUGAUACAGGAAAUUUAAGAUAUGUUAUCAAAGAAAGAAUUAGAUAAAUUAAAUAUGAUGUUUCUGAUGGAAUAAUAUCUGAUGUAAUGUAAGACUUGCUCAAAAGAAUGAUUUGUUAUGAUAGACGUGAUCGUAUUACAUGGGAUUAAAUUUAUUAGCAUCCAAUUCUUUAAAUGGACUCAUUUGGAGUUAGCCUCCUUCUACCUGCUGGUAGUGUCAUCUUAAUGCCGAAUAAUAAUUAAGAAGCUAUAGAUCUAUAUAAGAAAUUCAAACAUUUGAUGGUAACAGAUUCCGAUUGUGAAAUUAAAGAAAUGUAACCUGGGUUUAGUGUUAAUCAAGAAUUUAAUGUUGCUGAUGAUAAAGAAUCAAGUAAUGGAACAAAUCACCGCUCCGAGUUUGAAGCCUUUAAGUAGAUGGAUAAAGAAUUGGAGAGAAAAGAAUCUAUCUUUGAUUGCAUUCAAGAUGCUUCAUUGAAAUACAACCACUAUAGGCAACUUUAUGUUUCGAUUUUCUAGAUUUUAAAGCAUAUCUGCAAAAUACCUAAAGAGUUUCGUAAUAAAAUUAUAUAAUUUGCCCUCUCCAAAAAAGCAUAUAACUUGACAUUCAAAAUGGAACAAGCUUUAAGCAGAGAUUAAAAUAUUUUUAAUAUAAAAUACUUUGAAGAGUUUAAAAAAGAUGAAAACUACAAAAAUAUAAGAAAUUAAAUGUUGGGAAAUGUAAAUGACUUUUGCGUGUUAUUCUAAUCUGCUAAGAGAGAUGUUUAGUAAGUUCUUUUAAGUCUGUAAUAGGAGUAAUAGCAAAAGAGUGUUUUAAUAGAUUUACUUUAAAAAGAAUUAGAAACAGAUUAAAUUACUGAAAAAUAUGAAAGCUUAAUUAAAGCAGGACUCUGUUAUGAUUAUCAUAAAUUAUACAAUUAAUUGGAAAAUUCAAAAAAUUUUGAUGUACAAACUAAGUGCAUCAUGCUUUAAUACUAUAUUUUUGCUAGAGAUAUGAUAAAUCAAGAUAAAAAGUUUGGAUAAAUUGAAUUUAAUUUUGCAGGUUACUUCAACUCAAUAUAAUAAUAUAAUUUGGAAGAGUCAAAUAAUUAAUUCAAAGCAAUUGUUGAUGAAUUAGGCCUAUAAAAGAUAAAAAUCUGA